AUGUCUGCUACUAUUACUAUGAUUAUUUCACCAUCAGUAACAACUUUACACCAAAAUUCAACUUUAUCAAUUCAUAAUUCUCCAUCUUUUAAAACACCAAGAAAAUCUGGAGUUUCACGUGGUAUAAAUAAAAAGAAAUCUGUUUGUAGAAGAUUAACUUUUAAUACUACAACAUCAACAACACCAAUUGAUACAGAUAUAUUUUUGGAUAAUUUAUUAUCAGACAUCUACUCAAAAUAUAACAAAAAAUAUAAUUAUGAUUUUGUUGAAGAUUACCCAAUGGAAAAUUGUAUUUUCAAGGAAUGCCCAUCAACAUCUGAAGUACCAUUAUUUUAUAAAACAAAAAAUAAUAUAAGAUCAUUAUCACCAGAAGUUCUUGAAAAUCUUUGCCCAACAAUGACAUCAUCAACAAAAAUUUCUAAAAAUACUAAAGGAAAUGGUAAACAAAUGAGAUUGACUGAUUAUCUUUUGGCUAAAAGAAAAAAUUCAAAAAAUUGUGAUUCAAUGAAACUUUCCCGAACACCAUUAAAAAGUAGACCCUUUGGAGUUGGUAAUACAACAAACAUAACAAUGACUUGUUAA